AUGAAACUACCAUAUGGGAUAGUGAACAGACCUGAGUUACCCAUUAUCACUUUAUGGAUAUUCUUACACCUCUGCCUAACCACCACAGCCCCUGAGCAGCUUGCAUGGGCUUUGCAAUGGUUUAUGCUUCCCUUGAUAAAUUUCGGUGUUCCAGUAGCCGAAGUUAUUCUUACUCUCCUACCUUCAUUGAGGUUCAUCAAUCUGGUCUUUGAUGAGGUUCGAAAUCUUGCAUUGGGGAUUGUAUCUCGUAGGAUAGAUUGGAAACUGUUGAUUGUUACGGAGACUAUUGAUAUUUUCUUUGCAUACAUUCGUCAAAUCUUCAAAAAUAUUUUUAACCAUGCGGAGCAGAUAUCUCAGGCAAUGAUCGUUAGAGGUUUUCGAGGUGACGGCAAUGCUCACAAAAUUUACUUCUCAUCGGGCACAGAUAUUCUUUCCUUGCUGUGCCUUAUUGGUCUUAUAGGGGCCACUGCAGUGUCAAACACUUAA